AUGCUUAGGAGUCUAAGUGGUUAUAUAACUCAGGCUAAUAGGCCGCUCGCAACUAUGGGCACGAGAACUUUUGUUAACUCUACUAAAAUGCAACAGAUACAAUACCCCUUUAACAAUAGUGCACAAGAUAUAUUAAGAUCCUUUCCAAGCAGCCAAAAGAAUAAGUCAGAUGUCGGAUUAAAUGUCUCAUUUAAUACUAUGAAAGAAGCUAAUGCAUCGAAUAAUCUUCAACGUGAUUCUUCUAUUAUACUUCCUGAACAGAUAAGAGAGGAAGCAGCCUCAUUAAAGAAUUUUUCUAUAAAGACAGGCAGAACUGUUCUUGUUAACAAUUCUGAUACGGCAAGUGCGUGUAGAAGACUUAACGGUCUUGUAUUUGCGAAUCAAAUUGCUAUUGAUCGUAGAAAACAAAGAUUUCAUAUGAAACCUGGUAAGAAGGCAGAAAUGAAGAGAUCACAGCGUCAUAGAAAGGAUUUCAUGAAGGGUUUCAAACGUUUGAUGGAAGUGGUUAAAGAUGCAAAGAGAAAAGGUUACUAA